UGGGAAUGUAAUUUUAACCACAAUGCAUCUGAACUAAAUGCACACAGAGGGAAAAUAUCACAGAUCUGUUGCUGCUUUUCAAGUGUUUCCAUGGGCUGUAAAUGCGGAUCUCAUUGCCGAUUUCCUAUCUGCAGGCUGAGAAUUGUUGGCACGUUUUUUUCGUUGACACUUCCUCCUGAGACAUCACCGUAAAUCUGCUCAUUGGGCACAAACACUCCUUGGACCGACAGUCGCUCGGGUUACAGUCGCACGGCGUGUAAAACUCAGGUCUGAAUCCACAGCACCUUCUCUCAGCCCGGAUCGUCCGCAGCUCUGCGCUGACUCUGCAGAAGGAAACCAUCGGGGGAGUGUAUGAAGGCGUUUUUUAAGCGUUUUUCUCAACGUAGGACAAGCAGUUACAAGACGGCUUCUGGUUGUCAGCGAUCCCUUCUGUUUCCUUCACUUCUUCGUUGUACGGUUUUGGGAAAAGAAGAGGGGACAGACUGUCGUGUUCGUGCGUUCCUCUCCGUGAGACCGACGCGUUUCCAAACGUCUUGACGCGCGUUUUUCUCAGAGAAGGAUCCCGGACACAGUGGUUCUCAGGAUAAAAAGAGUGACUGUUGUAUAGUAAAAACUGACAUUAACGGCUAAGAUACGUUUGUGAAAGAAACACCGACGUUGAAUCACCUCACACUGCGCGCAGGAUUGAAGAGGAGAAAGUUCCCCACUUGAGGGCGAAAUCCGACUUUUUUGAGGACGCCAAGUUUGAAAAGUGCCAGGAGCCCCGGGGUCUUUCAGAUACAACAUGCAGCAAUGUCCAAGGAGGCAGACUUGGAUGUGAGAGGCAGUGAGUGCGACACGGUCCCACAAGAGCCCAGCACAGACCCGGAGCCGCCCAGGCCGCCUCCAGUUAAGGCUAACGGACCAGAAGGCACCUCUGGCGUUUGCACGAGCAUCCCCUCCAGUAGCAACAGUAGCACCACCAGCAGCGGCGGCAGCAAAAGUGGUCUGGGUGGCAUUAGCAUCGUUAGCAGCAGUGCUGAGGGAGCAGGCGAAAGCUCCAUGCAGUUCAGCACCAGACCGCCUAGUGCUGAGCAGCCGGGCUUCAUGGGGACAUGGCAGCAGCAGGGCACUGACAGCAACCUCCUCUACAGAAUGUCCCAGCAGGCCAUUCGCUGCACACUAGUGAACUGCACAUGUGAGUGUUUCCAGCCCGGGAAGAUUCACCUACGCACAUGUGACCAGUGCAAACAUGGCUGGGUAGCUCACGCUUUAGACAAGCUCAGCACCCAGCACCUGUACCACCCCACCCAGGUGGAGAUCGUUCAGUGCAACGUGGUGUUCGACAUCAGCAGCCUGAUGCUGUACGGCACCCAGGCCGUACCCGUCAGGCUGAAGAUCCUGCUGGACCGCCUGUUCUCCGUGCUGAAGCAGGAAGAGGUGCUGCACAUCCUGCACGGCCUGGGCUGGACCCUCAGAGACUACGUCAGGGGCUACAUCCUGCAGGAUGCUGCAGGCAAGGUGCUGGACCGCUGGUCCAUCAUGUCCCGAGAAGAGGAGAUCAUCACCCUGCAGCAGUUUCUGCGCUUUGGUGAGACCAAAUCCAUAGUGGAGUUGAUGGCCAUUCAGGAGAAGGAAGGUCAGGCAGUUACAGUUCCCUCCUCCAAGACAGACUCUGGUAUUAGGACGUUCAUUGAAAGCAACAACAGAUCCCGCAGUCCAGGGAUCGUUACACAACUGGAUAGCAGUAGCCCAACAAGCAUUCACCAUUUUGAGAAUAUCCCCAACAGCUUAGCCUUCCUCCUGCCCUUCCAAUAUAUCAACCCAGUCUCUGCACCCAUGCUCGGCUUGCCCCCUAAUGGACACCCUAUGGAGCAGUCGGCUCUCCGGCUCCGGGAGCCCAGCUUGCCAAACCAAGUUGAACAGGUGGAGACCAGUGAGUCAGAAGUGUCCCUUUCACCCUUCCGCUCAGGCCAGAGCCCUAGCCGUGGAGCCCUUGGAGGCAUUAACAACAUUGAACCCAAGACAGAGCCCAGUAACAGGGCAUCACCCAUCUCCCCGACCCCUUCCACGCAUCACGCUCAACAGCAGCAGUCACAGCACCAACAGCAGCAGCAUGGCCAACAGCAGUCCCAAAAUCAACCUCAGCAAAACAGUUUGAAUGACCACCAAGUCCACCACCGCUUUAUAAAGGAUGAGCAGUCAAGAUCCAUCACCCAUGGCUCCUUUUCUUCCAAGAUGCAUCGCAUGCGGCGCAUGGGAUCAACUUCACGCAAGGGACGUGUCUGUUGCAAUUCUUGUGGUAAGACCUUUUAUGACAAAGGCACCCUUAAGAUACAUUAUAAUGCUGUGCACCUGAAGAUCAAACACCGUUGCACCAUUGAAGGUUGCAAUAUGGUCUUCAGCUCCUUACGCAGCCGCAACAGACACAGUGCCAAUCCCAAUCCACGGCUGCACAUGCCAAUGCUGCGCAACAACCGUGACAAGGACCUCAUCCGCUCAACCUCUGGUACACCUGUCAUCUCAAGCACCAAGAAUGGUGGCUUCUCACUUACCAGCCCUGGAAGGCCACCACUGGGUUUCACUACUCCACCUGUAGACACUAUGCUUCAGUCACCCCUGCACAGCCCACUGGUCUUCCCUUCCCUGAAGUCAGUUCAUCCUGUCCAGCCAGUGCCCCCAUUCUAUCGCACACUACUUUCCCCUGCGGACCUUGUCAGUCCUCAAGUGUCACUGCCGACCAGCCCAAUCCUACCUACAACCACCAACAGUACCACUCUGAUGGACCAACAACAGCAUCUCCUGGCUGUUGCUGCAGCAGCGGCUUCACACAAUAAUGUUCAUAUGUCAGAUGCAGGAUCCCUGUCCCAUCGUUUUAAUAUACACCAUGCCAAUCAUGACCUCACCACUAGUAGCAGUGACCCAACACCCAAAAAGAAGCCUCGUAAAUCGAGCAUGCCAGUAAAGAUUGAGAAAGAAGUGAUUGAUGUGGCGGAUGACUAUGAUGAUAAAGAUGAUGAUGACGAUGACAUCCACCAUAAUCACCACCAUCAUUCAUCCCUUCUUCACAACAAUCUCAAAAUGAAUGGUAACUGUAAUAGCAACAAUAACAGUGGUAGUGGUACUGGGAACCACAGUGGUGGUAGUGGGCAACAAUCUCCUUCCCAAGAUGAGAUGAGCCCCGGCCUGAGAGGCAUGAUGAAACAGAGUGAAGAUGAAUGCCGGGAAGGUACAGGUAGUGACAGCAGAGGUGGAAAUGAUCUUCAGGGCGAGCUACGUUGUAUGGGCAGCUUCACCUCUGAGGACCAAGACCAUGAAAGAGACUUUGAGAACGAAUCUGAAACUUCUGAUUCUAAAAUGUUCUAUCGUGACGAACCGAUAGAUGUGGAGGACCAGCAAAAACAAAGCAGGGGUGGACGGUGUCUGGAGAAGGAUCACGAUGAUGAGGGCAGUGAGGAAGCCCAAUUGAGAAAGGAAAUGGAAAGCAAGGGUCAUUCCUCACCCUCACCUCCUCAGCCCCCUAUGAGGAUCAAGGAAGAACUCAACGAUCCUACAUACGACAUGUUCUGCAUGGGCCAGUACGGCCUCUAUAACGGAGGCAUGGCAGCGGCUGCUGCUGCUGCAAGCAUGGCCGCUCUGCAUGAGAGCUUCAUCUCUUCGAUGGGCUACGGUGCCAGCCCACCCAAAUUCCCUUCUUCUCAAUCACCAGAGGAAGACCCAUGCUCAAGUCCUGACCCCAAGAUCUGCUAUGUGUGUAAGAAGACCUUCAAGAGUUCCUACAGCAUGAAACUGCACUACAAGAAUGUGCACCUCAAAGAGAUGCAUGUGUGCACUGUCACUGGCUGCAACGCUGCUUUCCCUUCACGGCGGAGCCGAGACAGGCACAGCUCCAACAUCAACCUGCACCGCAAACUGCUGACCAAAGAGCUGGACGACAUUGUCCUGGACCCCCAACACCCGCCACUGCCCAAGGACCUGCGCGCCGAGUUUCUGGCUAAGAUCUACGCCGGGCACCACAUGGGCAUGGACCCGUAUGCCGGGAUGGGCAUCGGAGGCGGCAGCCUUCGGCCCAUUGGCCUUAACCACACUGCCCGUUCCCUGAUGAGCAGCGGGUAUCCCCACCACACUCUCAACCAUAACCUGAAAAAUCACCACAGCAACGGCUUCUCCCGGGGCCAGCCAGACGACUACAUGGUGUUGGACCUGAGCACCACAUCCAGCGUUCAGUCCAGCAGCAGUGUCCACUCCUCACAUGAGUCAGACGAGGGCAGCGAUGAAGGCAUCCUAUUGGAUGACCUGGAGGAGGAGGAGGAGGAGCAUGCAGAGGGGCGGGCUGAAGGAAGGCAUCUGGACGAGACUGGAGAACUAAGAGGAGAAGGACAAGGUGAGGGGUUGGAACCGACUUCCUCACCAUUCCUCUUUUCGUCCAGCGGGGGCAGUCACGGGGGCAGUCAUGGGGGCAGUCACGGGGGCAGUCACGGGGGCAGUCACGGUGGCAGUCACGGUGGCAGCGGAGGGAUCCUCUGCAACAUCUGCCAUAAAAUGUACAGCAACAAAGGAACCCUGCGUGUGCACUACAAGACUGUGCACCUGCGCGAGAUGCAUAAGUGCAAAAUCCCCGGUUGCAACAUGGUGUUCAGCUCUGUGCGCAGCCGUAACCGACACUCUCAGAACCCCAACCUCCAUAAAAACAUGCCCUUCUCCUCGAUAACAGACUAAAUAAUGACUUGCUACUUGACCCCGCUGUCAGUCGGCCCGCUCCUCCCUUCAUUCCUCAUCCUUAUUCCUCCUCAAAUUAGCUCUUAAUCCCAACCCAGGGCCUUCAAGUACAGGCUAAAUGCCUGUAUGCCUCCUGCCCGUCAUUCAGUCAUUGAAAGACAUUUCUAUGUCCCUCUAUAAAAAUGCAUCGACUCUAAAUACAGUUUAUUAUCGUGACCUUUGACUUUUCCUUCUUUGGAAGAACAGGAUGACGCUCUCGCGCAUGGAGUUUGCUUUAUAACAAAACUCCACUUGUGUUUUUAUUCAUAAGCCCCUCCAUCUUUCAUUUGAGACUCCUCCCAACUUUUUUGUCCGUCUCCAAAGAAUCUAUUCAAACUCUUAUUUGUGACUUUGCCUGCAGAAAUGAUAGUAUUGAAAAAAAAGAAAAUCUUCUUGUUGUAUUUGUGUAAUGAUAGCUUUUAAAUGAACCCCCUUACAAAAGCAUGACAGCUUCAUUUGUAAAUAAUGUCCCAAGAGGCUUUUGGUGUAAAGAGUUGUGUUGAUGGUUGUUUGCUUCUUUUUUCUCUCUCGUUAUGGUUUUAUGUUACAGUCCAGUACAAUACUUCCAGCUUUAGGCAAGAAAGAGGUAGCAUCUUACUAGCUUGACUCAUUUAUGUUAGCUUCAACGACACGUUUUAACUGAGUCCUAGGAAAAAAAGAAUAUCAUGUGACUUGUUUUAUCUACUUGUUAGAUAUUCAGAGGUUGCCGGCAUGCUUUUUUUGGCUCCUACACUGAUAUCAUUCUCUGUAUUUCUAUUGUUUUAUUUUGUUUUUUUAUUUUGUCUGUUUUGUUUAUGAGCUUUAGUAUACCAAUUCAGUUUUUGCACUUUGCAUCUAUACAAGGGGAUGUGUAAUAUUAUUAUAAUGAGGACUUUUGCAAUGGUGAGUUUAGGUGUUGUUCGGGGUCAUUGAUGGCUACAGUGCCAAGGUAAAUAAUACCUUUAACGUAAUGUGCCAGUUUCUUUUUGCACGUGCUCAAACACAGUUUCACAACAGAAAACAACUUGUCUCCUUGAACAAAAUCUUCCCCCAUUGCUAAAAAAAAAACUAAUUCAGAGCGUCUCCGAAGUACCUUGCCUCAAAACAAAUCCAAGCGUGAAUGACUAUAAACUGCUGAUCCACAAACACAAAGUUAAAUAUUGAUAAAGUCUCUCCUCUCUGUUUCAAUGUGUGUAUGGUUGCCAGUAAUGGUCACAAUAAUGACUUCAGAGGUGUAACUGUGUAUAAAGCAUGACAUUAUUGUGACAUUCUCCAACAAAGUUAUCAAUGCAAGAACUUACGUUUGUUUUUACAAAAGGCAUCUUAGUGAAAUAUGACUGUCCCAUAGAGUUGAAGAAAAAAGAGGAAAAUAGUCAUUCAACUGUGACCAAAACAAAAGUGAUUGCUUAAGAAGAGCUCUUUCAGUGUGAGAGUGUGUACUUAAAUCAUGCCCCUUUGGAUUAAUAUGAUGCACUUGAGUCUUAAAAUCUUUUGCUGUGAUAUUUUCGGUAUCGGUUUCCAUUGCUGAGUGUCGGCUACAAAUGUACUCUAUGAAAAAUGUUGCCAUUUUUAACAUGUCCAUGACUGUCUUACGGUACAAAUUGUUUCCAGUAACUGGGCAAAGUAGCCAAGGGAAGGGGUAUUUAUUGGUUGGUCAUGUACCUUCAUGGAGAUUUUUUUUGUUGGUUUAAAGAAUAUUUUUUGUAAAAAGACAAAAAAAUAGAGAUUGUUCCUCAGUUUGUUUAUCAGUGUAUUAGCGAUGCCAUGUGUCACUAUACAAGAUCUUCUCUUACUUGACUGGUGCUACACACAGAGGGGGAAAUAUGCAGUGUUAUACGGUGGGCUGUACAGUAUUCACCUUACAUCCAUAACAGUGUUGAGUUCCACUUGUUUCAUACUUAAGCCAUUUUUACAAUAUAGACAUGACCUAUUCUGACGAGAUAUUUCAUGCUUUUUUUAAGACUCCAUCUAUAUGACACAUACAGUUUCCAGUCCCCUCUUCUCAGAGAUAAAGACAGCGAGAAAGAGAGCUGAGGCUGAUGGAAAGGUUGCGGAGGUGGAAGGCUGACUAGGGAGGAAGAGGAUGACAGCAACGAUCAUUAAAAAUGUGCUGCUUCUCCGUUACCUGGAGGCGUCCCUGCCAUUCCAGCUUCUUCUGUCUAAUAACUCACUUGUCACUUCGUUACACUGCCAGACUCCAAGGUUGCUGACAAGACUGUGACACUGACAGAAAGAGAAAAAGAAGAGAAAAGACUGUGUGCUCUGAACAAUUCAAUUUGACCCAUUCAAUUUAGUUGGAUUCAAUUAAUCUAUUCACUAUCUAUGUGUGCUUAUUCUUAUUCAGGGCCGCUGGUAAUUUAGUUCUAUUUCUCUCUUAUGCUUUUUUGUUCUCUUUGUCUGUCAGAGCGCAGUCAUUUAACAACCGCCUUACCCAUUUCUUCAACCCGCCACUCACUUACCACCUCCACACCCCACAGCGCAGGUCCUACAGGGACACACACUAAUAGUGUAUGCUUAAGUUCACCGGACGGCCAUGGCAUAGGAAAAAGGGAUGGGUAAUUGCCUGUUUAUCCCAAGUGAAGGGAAAAUUGAGUACAGGAACCCCUGCCUUUUCCCAGGAGUGGGUUUCACUGAGGCGCUUGCUGCCUCAUUCACUCACUCAAUCCCCCCGGCCCUCGCUCUGGCAGAAAUAAAAAAGUGCUAUUCGAGGAACCCUGCUGACAGCUGUCUCUCUAACACACAACCAUACUAAAACACACACACAUGCACACAGAGGAGAGUGGCGCACACACACAUAUGCUUUCUACUUACAGGCCAGAAAGAUGACAAGAACGAGAUGACUUGUUAACCUCUAGUGAUGGAGGAGACAGGGUCAGAGAAAUAUAGAGUGUGUUCUCACCACAGGAAAUUAAACUCUCCAUCAAGCAUUAACAUUAUAGCUGCUGCCACUACAUAGAAGGCUAAUACUCCAUUAUGGAGAAUGAUGGGGGCUAGCAGUCAGGCAUGGAAAAUCCAAAGCUCUUAUUAUUAUUUCAUUUUACAUUUCCAACAGCUGACAAUUGAGACAUUUUACCAAAACGGUUUGAUUGAGAAAAAAAGAUCCAGAUUGAUUUUAACUUUGUAGAAUUAUUUGAGCUGUACAUAUCCAACAAAGGUACACUUAAGAUAAAUGUGCUCGGCCCAAAUAACCUCAGUUUCUUGAUCUGACAAAAACACAUUUUCCACUACACUUCUGCCCUAUUCCUCGCAGUCUAUUUCUCAAGCAGCAGCCGCAGUGCAUGACCUCUGUCUACAUGUAUGUACUUGUGUGUGCCAGGCAAGACAGGCAAGAUAUUCCCUCAACGACACCCUUCUCCCACCUCCUACGGGCUCCUUCUGAGUCCUGCAUGGUGAUGGUGAUGCCAAGCUGCAAAGCUCAGAGCGGCAAAAGGCUGGCAACAGAUCUGAAAAACAAACCACUGUCCGGCAUCGCCAGGGAAACAGACAGGAGAGACGGCGUAAAGGGAGUGGGCUUAGAAAGUGGUCUAGCAGUAGCCUCGCGGCAGUCACUUAACAAGGAAGGGGAGAAAGAGAGGAGCGAGCAGCGGGGCCAGGACUCCCCGGGAGUCUUCGCCAGCUUUUUCUAGAUUGCCUGCUGGAGAGCGAUCUCCACCCCUCACAUCUCCACCCCUCUCCCCCUACACUUUCCUCUCCUCUGAGAAAUGACCACCAAUUUCCCCCUCUCAUCUGAGAAAGGCCCCCCUAUCCAAUCUUUGUCUCCCUCCUUUACUUCCCCAACCACAUGGGCCCAGGUGCUUUCUGCUACCUAGUGACCGGGCUGUGGAUCCGCAGGAACACGUCACUUAGAGCGCCUCGUUGGCUGAGACCACUGGAGUGAAUCUUUAAUAUUUGAUUAGAGGAGCGUCAGGCAUCAAUUAUUCUGUAAUUCUACAUAGCACACGGGGAGAAGGGCAUGGCAAACGGCUGACCUGUUAAUCACUGUCCGUUCUGUUCACUUCACAUCGUGGAUGAGAGGGGACGCCACAUGUCGUGUUAAUGUAGCUCAUGGAACAAAGUGGGAUUCAAAUGUUUAAAAGGACACUAUAAGAAAUAUGCAGAUAGUAGAAAAAUACACACAUAUUUGGAUAGAUGCUUCAGUCUCAUGUGUUGUGUUCUCGGAAAAGACCCUCGUUAAUUUGAACUGGAACCUGUGAAAUGUCAAGAAUUAAUUCAUUUCAUGUUUUCCAUUGUGCCAAUUAUAUUUUACAGUCUUAAAUAUAAAUAAGCUUGAAGAGCUGGUGGAUUUCGAUUUUUUUUAUUUCACUUUUUUCUGUAUCAAAUGCAUUUGUUUCUUUAAAAAGCCUGUGUUCUGGCACGGGCACUCGACAGCGUUGCAUGGCUACAUCGUCGCACUGCAAACAACGAACAGAGCAGAGGAGCUUACGUUACUUUGGUGUCAAAAGGGUGAUUUGGAAGCCUCAUGAAUACUGUAUGUUACCUAAACAGGUGUUUCCCAUUUGCAGUGAGGAGGAGAAAAAUGGUCCUCUUUUUAAAAAGACUUCUUUCUUUUCUUUCUUUUUUUGCCUUUCUUGUAUUUGUUUCUGUAUCAUAACUGUCUAUGGUUUUUGCAUAAAAUGCAUAAGGGUUUUGGGAUGUAAAUGGAAUUGUAUUCAUAUUUUGUCCAAAUACCUCUUGUAAUUUGUAUCAGAAUUCUUGUACAAUUUUUAUAUUAAAGAUUUAUCAGUCA